AUGGUACUUUCUGAGGAGGGUGGUAAAAAUGCCAUCUUACACAAAGACAAGUCAGUGGAUCCAGAGGAACAGUCUACACUAACGAAAUCCGAGCUACAAAUAGCUUGCGACGAAGAUGUUAUAACGAAUAUUACAAAUCUGGGACAUUCUUCUCCAAGAAUUGGAGCUCCUAAUCUUAAUUCAAACAAUUUGACUGAAUAUAACAACAGUAAUAAGAAUCUCAUUCGAGAGGCAGAAAAAGUGGGCUUCUACUCACCAACCAGCGAUAGCCACAUCUACAGCGAGCAUAAAAUACCAUGUGACGAUACCUAUAUGGAUUCUAUAAACGAGGUUGAGCUACACAAGCACUUGAAUGAUGUUGAGCCUAGUUUCAUGCCUAUAGCAUCACCCACAAGUAUAAACAACACACUCGUCACCGAUGGGCCUUAUAUUUUUGACAGAUCCUCCCCUAUAUUGGAAUCCAGUCCUAAAGAUUGCUUUCCAUUGACCUUGACCCCCGGGCCCAAUACUUCGCGAGGCGAGAAAUUACGAUCUGAGACCACAAAUCAAAUAUCGCUAGACAAUUCUUGGAAUCCUCCCGUAAUUAAUGCUACUAUUGUUGAGAAGGAUUCCCGUAUUGUCUCAAGCACUGGAACAUCCGAAGUCAGCGUGAUCAAUGACAAAAUAAAUACUGAAGAACAAUACAAAGCUAAAAUAAGUAAACAAAAUCGCAGAGAAGUACCAGAUGAUGGGCCAGGAUGUGAAGAUUCUGAAGCAAGUAGCGAACACUCAACUAUACGUCAUCAUAUCUCUGGAAAAAACCUACGUAACAUGGGUGACAGUCAAAAGCGAGCAGAAGAUAAGAUACUACCAGAAAAAGGUUCCAAUCGACCCAAAAAAUUCCUACAAGUACGAAAUAUUAGCAGAAAUUCAUCUGUAUCAUCCCUCGAUGCAAUUGAUGUAGCACUUGGAGCAGACUAUGCAUUACAAUCGGGGGGAGCAGUUCCAGCGGUUGAAGUAUCAAGGCAGAGUAGCACUACGCUCUCGCGCUCUAUUUCUUUAGGUAGUAUAGCAUCUGGGUUUGACGAUUCUGCUGAAUACUUUAUCCAGGCUGCAGGUAAUUGUCUACCAUCUCUGACAGAGAGAGAAAAAGAACGAAAAGGUAACGAUGGGAUUUCGCCUCCCAAAACCCCAAGAGCUCGAAGCAAAAGCCUCGCACCGCCUACUGACACGGUCAUUGCGCGUCGCGUUCGAAAUGUUCAUGUCCCAGAAGCGAUUGUAAAAGAAUAUCGAUCUAAAAAUGGAAUGGCAUCUCCCGCUAGAUACUCUAGUACGACUGGCCCUACUCCAAGUAGAUCUGGAAAGAAUUUAACUCUGAAGGAGCAAAGUAGUAGUAUUGAAAGACUCUCAAAAGAAAAUUUUGACUUAAAACUUAAAGUUAUGUUUUUGAGUGACCGCCUAGAUAAGCUUUCUGAAGAAAGCGUAAAGGACAUGAUUUCGGAGAACGUUGAAAUGAAAACAAGUCUCGCAGUAAUGCAGCGUGAUAAUAAAGCACUGAGACGGAAAAUCAAAGAACUUGAGAAACAGUUGAAAACUGAGGAGGAUCGGCCAUCUACUUCGCAUUCUAGUAUAAACUCUGCCGAAACACCUAACUGGUUUAAUGAACAGGGAAACGGUCAGAUGGAAGAACUUAUGUAUCUACGCGAGAAGGUUGAAGAAUAUGUGACGGAGAUUGAAAAACUUCGGUCUGAAUCUAUCUCCCGAGAAAAUGAAAAGAGAAAUUUGGCGGAAAUAGUACGCCAGAUGGGCGAACGCAGGGGUCAUGAUUUAGAUACUCGUGGAGAAAUUGAUAUCUUGAAAGACUUGUUAGAAAAAGAAUCAGAUCGCUUUGAGCAAAUCGACGACGAGAAUAAAAGGCUAAGAGAAGAAAAUUUUUUCUUGAAAAUAGAAACAUCAUCAAACUCUGGCGAUAGGGGCCAUUCUCAUACUACUAUCGAGUCGCAAAAUCAAAAAAGGUCUCAAAAGUCGCCAAGAAGGCCUGCUUCGAGCAUGUCUGGAAGAUAUGAAAACCACAAUGACUCGAUUAGUGCUGGUAGUACGUUAGUUGACGAGCUCAAAAGAGAAAGCGAAAAAUUGAAGCACGAAAAUGCUGAGCUCCGCCGUGAAGUUGGAGCACAGACAUCUAUGUUAACAUCACGAAACCGAGAGAAGGAACGCUUGUAUCAAGAGAUUGAGGAUCUAAAACUUGAACAACGUCGAGGGCUAGCUGUAUCUGAUACCUUGCUUGAUCGUUCUUCGUCGAGAACUCAUCAAAGAUCUCUCUCAAGAGCUAGUAGUGGUACAAAGCAUACAAACAUCAACUGCUACGAGCGAGAAGAUUUUGAAAACAAAAAUGCUGAGCUUCGAGAUGAAAUUAAUCGAACAAAAAUUAAAUAUCAAGAUCUCCAACGAGAGCUUACAUCUUGUACAGAGGAUUUUGAAAUAGCAGUUUCUCAGAAAAUUGCGGUAGAAAAAUUUGCAACCGAGAUCCGGGAAUCACUAGAACAAGCUCAAUCAGAUAUGUUAACAAUGCAGGCCGAAAGAAAUGAAGCUUUGCAAGGUCAGGAAGAAGCAGAAACAAUGUUUGAAUCUUUACGAAGGGAGGCUCAGCAGGAGCUCGACUCCUUUGCUCUUUACCUAGAUGAAGCCAACUCUGAGAUAGGACGUUUACGUAUUGAACUUAGCGAUACUACAGAAAAUUUUAACUCUCUCCAAAGUGAGAUGCGAGAAAUGAGUCAAUCUCUCAUCAGGCUAGAAGAUGACCAGAGCUUUAGUGUCAAGCGCAUUCAAAACUUAGAGAAGGAACUUGAGGAGGCUAAUCAUGAGUUGGAGCAGUUGGAAAAGAACUUGGUAGAGGCGAAUGAAAAAGUCAGUUGUUUAACUGUUCAGCAAGAAUCAGGCCAAGGGGAAAUUGCAUUUCUUCGUGAGGAACAAGAAGGUGAUAAAAUCAAAAUUGGAAACCUUGAAGCUACAAUUAAAACUUCUGAGCUGGCCUUGGAUGAGGGGAAGGAAAGAAUCAAAGUGCUUGAACAGAGGCUUAGCAGUGAACGUAGCCAAAGAGAAGCUAUAGCAGGCAAAGAGAAGCAAGAAGUACAGCAGUAUGUCAAUCAACUCAAUUGCGAAUUAUCAAGUGCAAAGGACGAAGUUAAACGGUUGCGCAAGAAAGAUGUCGAGGCUGCAGAAUGGAAGCAAAAACUUGUUGAUCUAGAAGAGCAGCUUAGAAUUGCAUUGGGUGAAAUCGACGGCACUAGAUCCAGUUUUCUACAUUCCAUUGCCAAACUACACCAUGAACUCGAAGAUACAGUUCAUGACCUUGAUUCCGCUAAGGAGUCAAUGGCUCAAAAAGACCGCAUUAUCAAAGAUCGUGAUGAGCGUUUGGAAGCGAAUGCUCUAGAAGCACGUAAACUGGCAGACAUGCUUGACAAAGAACGUCAAUAUCAUCGUAACACCAAGCACCAAUUCGAGACAUUUCAAAAAACAACUCAGCAUACGACACGAACUCUUACCCAGCAAAAGACCCGAAUCACUGAAUUAGAAACUGCAAGACAACAAGAUCGUCGAAAGAUUAUUACAAUCGAAAAUCAGUUUAAAGAUCAAGUGGCAGACCGCAACCAACUUCUUCUUACCUUGUGGAGACGGCUAUCAGAUAUCUGCGGUAUUGACUGGACUCACGACAAUAGCCUUAUUAAUGGACGUGCCCUCCCAACUAUGGAGUCUCUGACCACAAUGUUUCCUGGCUUCUCGAAAAACAUAAUCAGUGCUGUGAAAAAAAUUGAGUCAGUUCUCACGGACUUCACCUCCAGGAUUCAUUCAAUCGAGAAAGAUUUAUGGAAAGAAUACCAGACACUUAUGGCAAAUCUUGAGGCUCGUACAAAGAGACUCGACCACUUAGAGAUCAGCUCUAGGGGUAUUAUAUCAGGCAUUGGUGGCGAUGGACGUAUAGAAAUAAAUCGAUUGCGAGAACAGAUCAAGACCAUGCAGACUGAAAUUUUAACCCUUCGUGCUGCCACUGAAGCCCGAAUGACUAUCCACCAAGACGGAACCACGAGCUCCUCUAUGGAAAAUAGUCCACGUGUGAAAAUGGGUGAUAAGGCGCGAAACUCGAAUAUUCGUCAGAAUUCGAUGUCGUUGGUUGAGGCAACCGACCAAAUAUGCCGCCAAAGAAACGAUAGUGAAUCGAGAGCUGGAGUAGACCGGGAUUACCAGAGCUACUCGGACCCUAAGUGGAUUACUCGUUUGUACGAACUCGAAGAAAAGUACAAAGCCGAGCGUGAAGCGCGAAUAAUGGACCGAACGGCAGCACGGCAAAGGCUAGAGGAGAAAAGCAAAGAUAACGAGGAAUUGCUUCAAGAGAUCGAAAAAUUGAGGGUUAAGAUGAAAAUGAGUAGGUAG